AAAGACGACCCAUGACAUCCGAGAUACUACUUCUACCCAAAAGUAACUCGUCCACUGACACUUCCUCUUCUUAUUUAUCUUCUCAGCUUUUUCUUUUGAAGCUCUACGGUAUCAAUUGACACAGCCAUGUUGGAAAACCUCUGCACAUUGCCGCUCAAUGCGGAUGUGUUUACUACGGCGCUGCAUCCCUCCAAGCCUCUGUUGACGAUUGGGCUCGCCAAUGGCCGCGUCGAAACAUUUCGUCUUCCCGCGGUCAGCUCAAGCGAAAACGACGGUGACGACGACGACGACGACGACGACGAUGAUGCUACUAAAGCUAACAAGGCAAAGCCUCCGGUCAAUGGACGCAGAAGUCUGGCGGAGAUCGGCAGGGGUACCAUCGACAGCAUUUGGCAGACUAGGCGGCACAAGGGGAGUUGCCGAACUCUAGCAUACAGCUACGAUGGGGCCGCCAUGUACUCCGCGGGCACCGAUGGUCUGGUCAAGCACUUCUCUCCCGAAGACGGCCGAGUCAUCAGCAAGAUGGCCAUCCCUUCCCGGUCAGGCGAACCCGACGGUCCCAGCAUGCUCCACGCGCUCAACCCGCAAGCGCUCCUCCUCGGAUGCGACUCGGGCGCGCUGCACCUCAUCGAUCUCCGCGACGGCGCCCCGGGCCAGAAGCCGGCGCAGACACACUUCCCGCACGACGACUACAUCAGCGCCGUGGUGGCCAUGCCGCCCACCGCGGAAAGCACCUCGGGGGUGCCCAAGCAGUGGAUCACGACGGGGGGCACGACGCUCGCAGCAACGGACUGGCGGAAGGGCGUGAUGAAGCGGUCCGAGGACCAGGAGGACGAGCUCCUGUGCGCCACGUUCGUGCCGGGCAUGGGGCCGAAGAAGAACAGGAACAACGGGAUGGUGGCGGUCGGGACGGCGACGGGGGUGGUCACGCUGUGGGACCGCGGCGUGUGGGACGACCAGCAGGAGCGCAUCGUGGUGGACCAGGCGCGGGGCGGCGGCGAGAGCAUCGAUGCGCUGGCGCUCGUGCCGCAGGAGCUCGGCUGGGGCAAGAAGCUGGUCGUGGCGGCCGGCGACGGUACGCUCCGGGUGGUGGAUCUCGUUAGGCGGAAGCAGGAUUCCGAGCCCGGGUCGAUUCUGCGGCACGACGACGCGGAGGCGGCCGUGUCGGUGGCGUUUGAUUGUCACAACCGGCUCAUCAGCGCGGGCGGGAAGACCAUCAAGGUCUGGCAGGAAUUGUCGGAGCUGCAAGGCGGCGGGAGUAGCGAAGACGAGGACGACGACGAGGAGGAGGACGACGACGAUAGCGACGAUGAAGGCGCGGGCGGCAGUGGCAAGAGGGCAGCGGACAGUGACGACGAGGACGAUGACGACAGUGAUGAUUCAGAUGGGCCCAGGAAGAAGCGAGGCAAGCGGAGGAAGACGCCUAAGAAGCCGUCUGAGUUUUCAUUCCCGGGUCUGUAGUCUCACUGAUGGACGUGGAGUCGAGGUGGGGUGUUUGUAAACGUGAACUUCAUCAUUGGUAGAUACCCUACAGUUUCUAUGCUUACUUUCAAACUGA